GGCUCCGGCUCCGGCUCCGCUCGGUGCGCGGCUCCGGGGGUCCCGGCCCAUGGCGGGGCGCUGAGCCCCCCGACCCCCACCAUGCUCUGGGGGGGCCUCCUCCUGCUCUGCCUGCUCCGCGGGGCGCUGGGCGCAGGACGCCCCCCCGGGAGCGAGGGACGGAGAGCUCCGGACGCGGCCGAGGGGACCCGCAUCAGCCAGGACCUGGGGGGCGGCAGCCUGGCCAUCGACACCCUGCCGGCCAGCGAGACCCGCGUCGUGGAGGACAACCACAGCUACUACGUGUCGCGGACCUACGGCCCGGGGGACGCGCGGCGCGGGGCGCUCUGGGUGGACUUGGCAGCGGCCAACGGGAGCCACGUGAAGGUCCACGGGAUCCUCUCCAACACGCACCGGCAGGCCUCGAGGAUUGUCCUGUCCUUUGACUUCCCCUUCUACGGCCACCUCCUGCGGCAGGUCACCAUCGCCACCGGCGGUUUUAUCUUCACGGGGGACGUCAUCCACCGCAUGCUGACGGCCACGCAGUACAUCGCCCCCCUCAUGGCCAACUUCAACCCCAGCUACUCUCAGAACUCCACCGUGCAGUACCUGGACAACGGGACGGUGUUUGUGGUGCAGUGGGACAAGGUUUAUCUGCAGGGCAAGGAGGACAUGGGCAGCUUCACCUUCCAGGCCGCCCUGCACAGCAGCGGGAGGAUCGUCUUCGGCUACAAGGAGAUCCCGGUGCCCGUCCUGCAGAUCAGUGCCAGCCAGCACCCCGUGAAGGCCGGGCUCUCCGACGCCUUCAUGGUCCUCAACCCUUCUCCCGACGUGCCUGAGUCGCGGCGCCGGACGAUCUACGAGUACCACCGCGUGGAGCUGGACACCAGCAGGAUCAGCAGCCUGUCGGCCGUGGAGUUCACCCCGCUGCCCACCUGCCUGCAGCACCAGAGCUGCGAAACGUGCGUGGGCUCGGAGCUGACCUUCAACUGCAGCUGGUGCCACGUCCUGCAGAGGUGCUCCAGCGGCUUCGAUCGGUACCGGGAGGAGUGGCUGAGCUACGGCUGUGGCCAGUCGGAUGAAAGCACCUGUGAGGAUUUGGCGGAGGGCGGUCACUACUCGGCGUCCCCGGGCAGCUCCGUGUCACCGCAGCCCGGCCGUGUCACCUCCCCCACGGCCUCGCUCUUCCUCGACAGCCUCACCACCGAAGACGACACCAAACUCAACCGGUUCGCGGGAGGAGAGGGGAGCGGCCGCCCCUCGCGCAGCGCCGGCGCCGCCGUCCCCGCGGGCGCCGUGGUGGCCGCCGUGGUGGCCGUGCUGGCGCUGGCCGGGAUCCUCCUGGCCGGGAUCUACGUCCGCGGCCGCCCCACGUCCAGCGCCGCGCUCUUCUUCAUCGAGCGGAGGCCGCACCGCUGGCCCGCCAUGAAAUUCCGGAACCACGGCAACCACGCCUCGUACGCCGAGGUGGAGGCGGCCAGCCAGGAAAAGGAGGGAUUUGUGGAGGCCGAGCAGUGCUGAGCGCUUCUCCCGAGGAAUCCGUCCCGAGGAAUCCUGAGGAAUCCGUCCCGAGGAAACCAUCCUGAGGAAACCAUCCUGAGGAAUCCCAAGGAAUCCUGAGGAAUCGUGAGGAAACCUGAAGAAUCCAUCCCGAGGAGUCAAUCCCAAGGAAAUCAUCCUGAGGAAUCCCAAGGAAUCCAUCCCAAGGAAACCAUCCUGACAAAUCCUGAGGAAUCUAUGCUGAGGAAUCCAUCCCGAGGAAUCCCGAGGAAUCCAUCCUGAGGAAACCAUUCUGACGAAUCCCGAGGAAUCUAUGCCAAGGAAUCCCUGGGAAUCCAUCCUGAGGAAUCCUGAAGAAUUCUGAGGAAUCAGUCCCAAGGAAUCCCGAGAAAUCCCAAUGAAUCCAUCCCAAGGAAUCCCAAGGAAUCUGUCCUGAGGAAUCCCGAGGAAUUUUGAGGAAUCCCAAGGAAUCCAUCCUGAGGAAUCCCAAGGAAUCCCAAGGAAUCCCGAGCCUCCCGUGCCCCAAAGCGCCGGAAUUUUCCAUUGCCCCAUUGCCGAGUCUGUCCCUUCCACCCCCUGCUGCAGGAAAGGGGAAUUUGGUUCAUUUUGAGGACAAAACCUUUAUUUUGAGGAUUCACCUCCAGGAUGCGUGUGGCCCCACGGCUUUGCUGCGCUUCUUGGGCACUUAAUUAAUUUGCUAAAUUGCUAAUUGUGACCCUCGGCCCUGGAGGAGACAGAGAAGGGGGGGAAAUAAAUCUGAGAUUCCGCCAAAAUUCAUCCUCUGGUGGCCACGGAUGCAGCGGGAACAGAGAGGGAUUUGGGGACAAAACUCUGGGCUAAAUCCAGGAUUCAGAUCCGUGAGGAGCGCCUGGACAUCGCAGGGAACCUCAAAAUCAUCCCCUUAAUGUCAUUUUUUCUGAUUUUGCUCCCGUUUCCCCCUGUCUGGGAUGACCCCCUGCCUUUGGAUGGAUUUUGGGAUCCCCGACCCCAAGGGAGGCUUUGAGUCGGGACCUGUCAGCGUUUUCUCCUCCUUCUGUGCCACCAAAACUCAGGAUUCAGCUGCAAAAUAAUCCCCAAAAUCGGGCCCUAAACUGAGGGGAGAAAAAAGCCAAAGCCAGAAUCCCAAAUCCAGGGGGAGGUAAAUUUUCAUUCCCCCACCACAAAUGCUGCUGGAUUAUGGAGUUUUCCCCCCUCUGUAUUUUUAAUUUUCUCCUGCUCCUCAGUUCUUUGUCCUGAUAAUCAAAUUUGGGGCGUAUUUUAUCCCCUGGCUGGCUCAGCUGUCACUGCUGCUGAUUAGUGCCAAAGGCAGGGUCUGACUAAUUAAUAUUUUCCUCCUCAUCUCCUGAAUUUAUGGAACAAUUACAGAGAACUAGGGAUGUUUGGUGGCACUCAGACCCCAAAUUCGAGUUUUUUUGCAGCCCCUGGGGAGGUUUUUUUGCUGCAUUUUAUGCUGCAAAAGCACCAAAAUGCUCCAGCUGCGUCGUGGUCGUGCCCCAGAUUUGGAAGUUUUAUUCCCAAAUCAAGAAUUUCCCGAGAAAUUGGUUCUUUCCCCCAAAGUGGGGAGAAAAAGGGAGAAUUUAUCACCCAGUUUUUACCCCAAAUGUGUAAUGGUGAUGAGUUAAUGAGGGUUUUUCUCUGGAUUUCACUUUUUUUCCAAUGGUUAAAUCUUGAAUUAUGAAUUCCAAUCGUUUUAGGGCUGGUUUUUCCUGUUUUUCUGCACAUGGGAACAGCAAGGUUUUGGGUCCUUCUCUUCCCCCGCAGCCCCUGGAACUGCUGGGAACCAUCCAAGAGUUCUGAAAUGCCAGGGAUUUAAAAGAAAACCACAUUUUAAAGAGCAGGAAUUGUACCAGUCCCUGGGGUUUGUGCUGCAGCUGGGAUUUUGGGAGAAAAUCCGGUUUUAGGGAAGGAUUCAGGUGAGGAAUCCUUCAAAAUAUAAAAAAAAUCACUUCAAGGUCAUUCAUAACAUGAGAACUCUGAGCAUAAUUUCACAUCCAGGCUUCCUUUUAUCUGUUUGUUCCCAUUAGAAAAAUAAAUAAUAAAUAAAAUUUUCCCCAUUUUCCCAACACUCACGGCUCAGAAACGGCUGGAUUGGGAUCUGAAAAACUCCUGAAAUUCAGGGGGAUGCCAAAUUUGGAGUGCCUGGGGUAUAAAAAGCUCUUUAUUUUAAAUGAUUUUUAAUUUUUCCUUUUAAGGGGAGAACCAAACCCAGCCAGGAUCUGCGCCAGGGGUUUGUGGUGCCUUCCUCAGGUUUGGGGUCUGGGCAUUCCCAGCUCCAGUUUUCCACUGGGGGCUGGAAUUUCACCCCUGGGCAGCUCCCACAGGGACAAUAUUCCCAAAUAUUCCGUGUGGUGGAAGAGGAGCUGGAAAUCUGGGAAAAUCCAGCUUAGAAAAAAAAAAAAAAGGGGGGGGGAAAUGGCUUUUUCACCACCAAAUCCUGUCCAAAAAAAGCAAAUUUUGGGUGCUCCACCUCCAACCUGUGGGGAUCAAUCCUCCUUUUCCUGCCUGACAAAUUCCGAGGUGCUGGAAAAUCUUGGAGUAUUGAAGCAAGAAUGUGAUGAUGACCUAAAAUUUAAUUUAAUUUCGCUUUUCCAGCCACAUCCUGACAUUUUCCUCGUAUCCCUUUGGAAAAUCUGGUGCUGCAGGGCUCAGAAAAAAGGAAAAAAUGGCUUUUUCACCACCAAAUCCUGUCCAAAAAAGCAGAUUUUGGGUGCUCCACAUCCAUCCUGUGGGGAUCAAUCCUCCUUUUCUUGCCCAGCAAACUCGGAGAUAAUCUCACUGGAUAAUCUCAGAGUGUUGAAUCAGGGAUGAUGACGACCCAAAAUUUAAUUUAAUUUUGCUUUUCCAGCCACAUCCUGACGUUUUCCUCGUAUCCCUUUGGAAAAUCUGGUGCUGCAGGGCUCAGAAAAAAGGAAAAAAUGGCUUUUUCACCACCAAAUCCUGUCAAAAAAAAGCAGAUUUUGGGUGCUCCACAUCCAUCCUGUGGGCAUCAAUCCUCCUUUUCCUGCCUGAUGAAUUCUGAGGUGCUGGAAAAUCUCAGUAUUGAAACAGGAAUGUGACAAUGAUGACCCAAAAUUUAAUUUAAUUUCGCUUUUGCAGCCACAUCCUGACCUUGUCCUCUGUGUCCCUCUGGAUUUUGGGCUCCUUUCGGUGUCCCUGUGUGUCCUGACCUGGCUGAGGGGCUGGGGGUGCAGCUGUGCCCCUCAAAAAAAAAGGGGAAAAACCCCAAAUUCUGCUCCAAACCCUCCAAUUCCAUCCCCUCCCUGUUCCCCUCUGAGCUGGGAAAAAACAGGAAAACACAACCCAAAUAUUUUGGGGCAAAAAUCUCUUUUUUUUUUUUUGUAUUAAAAAGAAUUCUCUCCAUAACUAAAGGCUUCUUUUCCACACACUUUGAUUUCCAGCAGAGUCUGGAGAUUUAUCCAGAUUUUCCUGCUUUUUUUUUGUGGAUUUUUCUGCACGGGAUAAAGUUUGGAUAUGGAAUAAAAACCUUUUCCUUUUUCCAAAUCAA